GGAGGUGAAAAAAAAAUUCCAUGAGUCAAAAGACGGCUAGCUGUAGAGUUAGAAUCGACUAGUAGAACAGUAACUAUAGUAUUACAAGAUGAGUGGUGCUGUUAAGUUAGAAAAUACUGCCAGAAGAGAUGCUUUAAUCGAAAUCGAGAAGAAGUAUCAAAAAAUCUGGGCAGAUGAAAAAGUAUUUGAAGUCAAUGCUCCAACCAUCGAAGAGAUUCCAAUUGAAGAUACCGAUGAAUUAAGAGAAAAAUACCCAAAACAUUUCUCUACUAUGGCAUUCCCUUAUAUGAACGGUGUUUUACAUGCUGGUCAUUCCUUUACUUUAUCUAAAGUUGAGUUUGCUACUGGUUUCGAAAGAAUGAAUGGUAAGAGAGCUUUAUUUCCAUUAGGUUUCCAUUGUACCGGUAUGCCAAUCAAAGCUGCUGCCGAUAAAAUUAAAAGAGAACUUGAACUUUUCGGUACUGACUUUUCAGGUGUUCCAACUGAUGAAGAAGAAGAACCUAAAAAAGAAGCAUUCAAAAGAGAAGAUGUUACUAAAUUCACUGCCAAGAAAUCUAAAGCUGUUGCUAAACAAGGUAAAGGUAAAUAUCAAUUUGAAAUCAUGAUUCAAGCUGGUAUUCCAAAGGAAGAAAUCCCAAAAUUUGCUGAUUCAUCUUAUUGGCUUGACUAUUUCCCACCAUUGGUUCAAAGAGACGUUACCAAUUUCGGUGGUAGAGUUGAUUGGAGACGUUCUUUUGUCACCACUGAUGCUAAUCCUUAUUUCGAUGCUUUCGUUAGAUGGCAAGUUACCAGAUUAAGAGAAUGCAGUAAGAUCAAGUUCGGUGAAAGAUACACCAUUUACUCUGAAAAGGAUGGACAAGCUUGUUUAGAUCAUGAUAGAUCUUCAGGUGAAGGUUUAAACCCCCAAGAAUAUACCGGUAUUAAAAUUAAAGUUACUCAAUUCGCUGAAGAAGCUAAAGCCAUCUUAGCUGAAAAUAAAUUUGAUUUAGAAAACAAGAAUGUAUAUUUAGUUGCAGCUACUUUAAGACCAGAAACCAUGUAUGGUCAAACUUGUUGUUUUGUUUCUCCAAAAAUUGAUUAUGGUAUUUACAAUGUUGGUAAUGGUGAUUACUAUAUCACUACUGAAAGAGCUUUCAAGAAUAUGUCAUAUCAAAAAUUAACCCCAAUUAGAGGUAAUUACGAAUCUGAAGUCGUAAUUAACGGUAAAGCUUUAAUAGGAUCCAAGAUCAAAGCUCCAUUAGCUGUAUAUGAUGAUUUAUACGUCUUACCUAUGGAAACUGUUUUAGCUACCAAAGGUACUGGUGUUGUUACCUGUGUUCCAUCUGAUUCUCCAGAUGAUUUCAUUACUACUAGAGAUUUAGCUAAUAAGCCAGAAUAUUAUAAUAUCAAAAAGGAAUGGGUUCAAACUGAAAUUAUCCCAAUUGUUCAAACUGAAAAAUAUGGUGAUAAAUGUGCUGAAUACUUAGUUAAUGAACUAAAGAUUCAAUCUCCUAAAGAUGCUAUUCAAUUAGCUCAAGCUAAAGAACUUGCUUAUAAAGAAGGUUAUUAUAAUGGUACCUUAACUAUUGGUAAAUAUAAAGGAGAAAAAGUUGAAGAAGCUAAACCAAAGGUUAAAGCUGAUUUAAUUGCUUCUGGUGAUGCUUUCGUUUAUAACGAACCAGAAGGUGUUGUUGUUUCCAGAUCUGGAGAUGAAUGUAUUGUUUCCUUAGAAGACCAAUGGUAUAUUGAUUAUGGUGAAGAAUCAUGGAAGAGUGAUGCUUUAGAAUGUUUAGCCCAUAUGAAUACUUUUGCUAAAGAAACCAGACAUGGUUUUGAAGCUGUUUUAGAUUGGUUAAAGAAUUGGGCUAUUACCAGAAACUUUGGUUUAGGUACCAGAUUACCAUGGGAUGAAAAAUAUUUAGUUGAAUCUUUAUCUGAUUCUACUAUUUACAUGGCUUAUUAUACCGUUGAUCGUUUCUUCCAUUCUGAUUUCUUUGGUAAAGUGAAAGGUGUUUAUGAUAUAAAACCAGAACAAUUAACUCAUGAAGUUUUCGAUUAUAUUUUUACUAGAAGAGAAAAUAUCACUACUGAUAUUCCUAUCAAACAAUUAGAAGUUAUUAGAAGAGAAUUUGAAUAUUUCUACCCAUUAGACACUAGAAUUUCGGGUAAAGAUUUAAUUCCAAACCAUUUAACUUUCUUCCUUUAUACUCAUGUUGCUCUUUUCCCAAAGAGAUUCUGGCCAAAGGGUAUUAGAAUUAAUGGUCAUUUAAUGUUAAACAAUGCUAAGAUGUCAAAAUCCACAGGUAACUUCAUGACUUUAGAACAAAUUGUCGAAAAAUUCGGUGCUGAUGCUUCUAGAAUUGCUUUAGCUGAUGCUGGUGAUAGUGUUGAAGACGCUAACUUUGAUGAAGGUAAUGCUAAUGCUGCUGUUUUACGUCUUACUACCUUGAAAGAAUGGUGUGAAGAUAUUGUUAAGAACAAGGACUCUCUUAGAACUGGUCCAACUGACAACUUUUUCGAUCAAGCCUUUGAAAAUGAAAUGGCUGCAUUAAUUGAAGAAUCCUACGAACAUUACAGUGCUACUUUCUAUAAAGCUGCUUUAAAGACUGGUUUAUUCGAUUUCCAAACUGCUAGAGAUUAUUAUAGAGAUUCAGUUUCCAAUACUAUUGGAAUGCAUAAAGAUUUAGUUCUCAAAUAUAUUGAAACUCAAGCUUUAUUAAUUGCUCCAAUUGCUCCACAUUUUGCUGAAUAUAUAUAUAAGGAAGUUCUUGGUCAUAAAGGAUCAGUUCAAACUACUGCAUUCCCAAGAGCUAGUGUUAAAGCUUCUAAAUCAAUUAUUGAUGCUCUUGCAUAUGUUAAAGAUUUAUCAAGAUCCAUUCGUGAAUCUGAAGCUAAUGUUAUAAAAAAGAAGAAAGGUGGUAAGCCAGCUGAUGUUGAUCAAGAUAAACCUGUUAAAGUUACCUUAUUUGUUUCUAAAUCAUUCCCAGAAUGGCAAGAUAAUUAUAUUGAAAUAGUUCGUGAGUUAUUUGAAAAUCAAACUUUAGACGAUACCAAAGCUAUUAGAGACAGAGUUGGUAAGGAUAUGAAACGUGCUAUGCCAUUUAUUUCUCUUUUAAAACAAAGAUUAACUAAAGAAGAUCCAGAAACUGUCUUCAAUAGACAAUUAGCUUUUGAUGAAGUUGAAAUCCUUAAAUCAGUAACUUCAAACAUUAAAAAAUCACCAUACUGGCUUAAAGUAGAAGAACUCGAAAUCAUUUCUUUUGACAAUGGUGCCUCUAAGGGAACAGAUGUUCUUACUGGUAAAGAAGUUGAAAUCACUGUUUCAGGUAAGAUUGUUGAUGCUUCAGUUCCUGGUGAACCAGGUAUUUUAAUCAAGAAUAUUUAAGCGUAAGCUACACCUAUUUCUUUGAACCUUUU